UGACGCUACGGUCUUCUGCUCAAGGAUACGCGAAAAUCCAAUCCGCUGGAGGAGCAAAACGCGGCGCGUGGAACCCAGAAACCAAAAGUACAACAACAACCAACCAACCAACCAACCAACAAGAAAAAAAAAGAAAAUAAAGAAAAGCAGCAGGAAAAGCACAACCGAUUCGCUCGAGUGUGCCCGUGUGAGAGUGUGUGAGUGCCGCAGUAUCUGUGUGAGUGGAUCGGUGCCGUGUGUUUGGGGCCGUUUAAUUUUAUUAUCGCUCCGCGAUGCGUCAUGAAAAUUGCAGGCAAAACACAGAAAUACAAUAAAUGAAAAAUUAAAUAUUAAUUAAAUUUUGCAUACGAAUCGAGCGGCGAAUGUUGCGAUUCCGCUGAUUGAAAUGUUAAAUAGAUAUUAAAAAUUGAUGGUGUAUUUCGGCCAAACAGUCGGAUAAGUCAGGCUGAGCGGUUGCCCCCUGCAGAAUAUAUAUAUAUAGUAUAUAUUGGCAUCUUAACCAUCGGGUGUGCGUGUAUAUGACUUUAUUAAAUUGUAAAUCCCCCAACUCGCGCGUGUUCUUACACAUUGUUUGUGGACUUUUGCGACUGCUCCAGAUUUCCUACCCAUUUGUUGUUGCACUUAUCGCGAUUGCCGCACGGAGCUUGCCACCUGCCCGACUCGCUCGACCUGCUGCAACGUCCUCGAAAAAAAAUUGAAAUCGGAAAAACAAUGCAACAAUCGGAGGGCAUCGCACACCUCAGUGCCACGCAGCGGCAGCAACAUCAACGGGAGCAACAUCAGCAGAAACAGCAGCAACAGCAGCGCAAAAGUUAUGCCGCGGGCAAAAACUGAAAAUGAAACAACUUAAUUAGUAGUUGUAGGAGUCGAGAGCAAAAAGCCGCGCACUCCCUGAAUUCCGAAUCAGCAGCCCAGAAGCAGGACGAGCUCAGCCCGAGGAACUGGAAGUGGAGGUGGAAGUGGAAGUGGGUGUGCCGAAUUUCAGGGAACAUUUCGCCGAAGGAGCCGAAAGCUCCCGUAAAAGUGUUCGCGUGUGAGUGAGAGAGUGGCUGCACUUUUUUGAGAAAAUUAAAUUGAAAACAACGUCAGCAGAGAGGCGAGUAAACAUUCGGAAAUACGAGACGAGCCUGCAUAUAAAUUGUUACACUUUACACACAAUGGAUUUGCCAGCGAAAAGGACUUCCACAAUGCCCCUAACAACUUCCCACAAAGCCAACAUCAGACGAAGCUGCCUGGCUCUAUUCACGCUCUUCCUGUUCGCGGCUCACAUCAGCAUAACUUCCGGUCAAAUCGAUUGGGACGACGACGAUGAUCCAGUUUCCACAGUGGCCGUGGAGGCCGUUCUGGGGCGAACCGCAUCCUUGCCGUGCGACAUCGAGCCGGAGGCGAAGGACGAUCGGGUGUACAUGGUGCUUUGGUUCCGUGAGAGCGCCGGCAAGCCACUUUACAGCUUCGACGUCCGAGGACGGCCCUUCGAGAAGGCCCUCUACUGGUCGGACACCAACUCAUUUGGGCCACGUGCGUACUUCGUUACCGGACAGCAGCCGGCCAAGUUAUCGGUGGACAACAUUCAGCUGGAUGACGAGGGCGUUUACCGCUGCCGCGUCGACUUCCAGAACUCGCCCACGCGUAAUCAUAGAAUUAACUUAACGGUUAUUGUUCCUCCGCACCAAAUACUCGUGUACGAUGCCUCUGGUCGCGAUGUUGCCGGAGCUGUGGGUCCAUUGCUCGAGGGCGAUAAUAUUGUGUUGACAUGUGAAGUGCGUGGCGGUCGACCAGAGCCAACAGUGACCUGGCUGAACGGAACGCGCAUCUUAGAAGCUGGUAGCGGAGUCUCGAUGGGCCGCCAUGUGACCGUGAACCGCCUGGAGGUGGCCCAAAUCUCGCGCUCCGCCCUGAACAACACGUACCGCUGUCAGGCUUCCAACACGAAGCUGGUGGCGCCCGUGGAGCGCAGCAUCCGCAUCGAAAUGUUACUCAAACCCACAUCAGUCAAUUUAACCAAUAAGUUGAAGGUCUUCGCCUCGAACACGCAGUACAAUCUCACCUGCAUUGUGGCCGGUUCAGUACCGGACACGGAAAUCAAAUGGACGCAGAAUAAUCGGCCCUUCAAACGUGGCCUGCUGUCAACGAGCCAGGGCAAUGGCAGAGUCAUAUCCACAUUGACAUUUUAUCCACAGCCCGAGGACGACGGCACGAUGCUCAAGUGCGAGGGCUCCAACCCACGGCUCCAGAACUCGGCCAUCGAGGACUCGCUCAUGAUGAAUGUCAUCUAUCCGCCGCAGGUCACCUUGUCGCUGGGCUCCACACUGCGUCCCGAUGACAUUAAAGAGGGCGACGACGUCUACUUCGAGUGCCACAUCAAGUCCAAUCCCAAGGAGCAUCGCAUCAUGUGGUCACAUGACGGCCAACCCGUCACCCAGAAUGUGUCCUGGGGCAUUAUCAUCUCCACUCGUUCCCUGGUCCUACAGCGAGUGGGUCGCGUCCACUCCGGCUUUUAUGCCUGUUCGGCGGCCAAUGACCGCGGCGAAACCCAGUCAGCUCCGGUCAACUUAAGGAUAAGAUAUGCGCCCGUCUGCAGCAGCAGCACCAUCACCGUGAUUGGAGCCUCCUUGGAGGAGGCCGUGCCCAUUCCCUGCCGCGUCAACUCGGACCCGCCCGAAAUCGACUUCGAAUGGACCUUCUCCACCAGCGGUGAGCACUUCGAGGUGCCCUCUGGCCACUAUGCCACCAUCCAGGAUCCCACCAUGACCACCACCAGCGAUGUGAGGCGCACAGUCGUAGAGUCUAACGAAACGCACUUUGAGAGCUAUGUGGAAACCGUCAGCGAACUGAUCUAUACGCCCAAAGGAGAGCGGGACUAUGGAACGUUGGCCUGCUACGGAAGGAAUGCCAUUGGAAAGCAAUCGGAGCCAUGUGUGUUUCAAGUGGUACCAGCAGCCAAGCCGGGGGCACUGCGAAACUGUACACUCCGGCCGUAUGUGGUGACCUCCGCCUCGCUGAACUCAUCGAAUCAGACGACAAUGCAUGCCAAUCAAAUGCUGCCCACACAAUACGGCAGACACGAGUCGAAUUACCCGCACAUGGAAUACGUACGUGAGCGCCAUAACAGCAGUGGCAGCAGCAACAACACCAACGCGACUGCCCGGAACAAUGUGGCCAAUAAAAAUAUGAGGGGCAGGACAAGUGCUGGCCAGGCCAAAUCCAAUAAUAAGCAGCUCAGUCAGCAGCAAUUGCAGCGCCUCAAGAAGCGUACAUCAUUCACACCGUCCCAGACAUUGGCAGCCAUCGAAAGGCAGCGCCACAGGAAGCAGCAGCAGCAGCAGCAGCAGCAACAUCAGCAAACACAGCAGCAACACCAAGCCACUGCUAGCAAGUCCGAUGGCAGCAGCGAUAGCAAACCUGAUGGAUCGCCGGCCAAGUCGCCAAAGCAGCGAAUGCGGCGUGCCAGCCAAAUCCCGCAGAGACAGGACCAACAUCAGCUGGAUGCAGGCAGCCAGCUCCAGCUCCAGCUUGCAGCAUCAAUAACAAGCCAGCGGAAGACGGCAGAAUCAAAUUUAUCAAUGUCACAUGUAGGCAAAGGCAGCAGUAGCAGCAACAUCAACAUCAACAGUAACAGCAACAGUAACAAUAACAAUGGCAAACUGCCAGCAAAGUAUUUUAAUAAGCGACAGAAAAACAUGAACAAACAGAAGCAGCAGCAGCGGCAACAGCAAAAGGGAACAAACGAGCACAACAGCAAUAUAAUCCAUCAUUAUGCAACUUCGAGUUCGAGGAGAAGCAAACGGCUGGCAGCAAAUGACAUCUUAGCAACUGUGGCGGCAGCAGCCACAUCGGCAUCAUUAUCAUCCUCCUCGGCCACCUCAUUGGCAGCCACUGCCACGGCGGCGGUGAAAAUUGAGCAGGAUGUUGCUGCUGCUAGCAGUAGCAGUAGCAACAAUAAGCGGUCUCGCAAAUCCCUAACCACCCUUGACAAACAGCAGAAACAGCAGCAGCAGCAGCAGAAGAAACAGCAGCAGCAGCAACUGUUGCUCCCGCCGAAUGCCCCGCAAAUAAGCAACCAGCCGGUAGCAGCAAUUAGCGGCAACAAUGUCAAGGAAACAGCAGCAACAUCGGCGCAAGUUGCAGUUGCAACGGGAGUCAAGGACAAGGCGUCGUCCAAAGAAGACUCCACUAACAACGACAACGACAACGACGACGACGACGACGACGACGAUGAUGAUGAUGAUGACGAUGGGGCAGAGAUGGAUGCUGAAACAGAGACUAAUGACGACGAGGAAGAUGAGGAUGGAGUGGCCCACGAUGACGAUGCAGACCUGGAUGAAGAUGUUGCCCAGCUGGCCACCGAUGCCGAUUACUUGGCCGACGGCCCUGGUGAUUUGGAGGAGUACGAAACAGUCGAGGAGGUGGACGGACAGGCUAAACAUGUGCACAUGUUGUCCCUGGAGGAGCAACUGGAUCUGGAGUCACUGGAGGACAAUGUCGAAGAGGAGGAGGCUGGCGAUGAUGAUGGCGAGGUCGAUGAUAUGUACAAUGUUAGCGAUGAUGACUUUGUGGCCAGCGUGGCCCUCUCCACAUCCGAUACUACAGCCAGCAUCGUUCAAAGGACAACAGAAGGACCUCACACUAAGGACAAAGCCAGCCAAACCACUGAGUCCGCUGCUGAAUGGCAGCUUCCUCAUUUCGACUACUCACGCAUGGAGUACAGCUUCAGCAAUGGGGUCGUCACCCAGAGCUUGCUGGGCGGAUCGGGGACCGGGGGUGUGGCUGGCAAUGGACACGACGGCUUUUCGGGCGGCGGUACCAUAAAUUUCGAUAACUACGACAACAUAAUCUACUCCACCAUGGAGCUGGAGUGCAUGCCUGGCUAUGAUGGUGGACUGCAGCAGCAGUUCUUCCUCGAGGCCUACGAUUCCAAGACCAAAAAACUCCGCCUGAACAUGAGCAGCACCUACGUGGAUGUGCCAGUGUUCCGGAUCGAUCUAUCAGAUCUGAUGCCCAUGGACUACUAUCCCGAUGCCCACCCGGCCCUGCACUUGGUCGUCUACAGCGUCAAUCAGAAGGGCCGCUCCGAACCGAUUGUCCUGGAGAAUGUGCCCAUCAAUGAAGCGGACAAGCGUUCAGAUGGUCGCAUGGGCCUGUCGAUUUUGCCCCUGGCUGCUCUCCUCGCCGGCACUUUAUUCACUGUGGGCAUAGCGGUUCUAUCCGUGGUGGUCAUCGCUGUUCGCCGACGACGUGGCCAAGGAGCCCGCAAUAUGUGCGAUGACAAAGACAAGCACCUGGGCAUGGAUGUGACGGUGACGGCGCCUCUGGAAACAGGAGCAGGCCAUCAGCGGCUCGUGGUGGCCUACACCCUGAAGCAGGGCAUCGAGAAGCAGCCGGACAUAUUGAGCGCCCAGAAGAGCGCUACAACUGGUGGUGACGCCUCGUCGCCGUUGGGAAAUCGGCCGAGUGGUUUGUUCGCUGGCGGAGGAGUGGGUGGUGCAUCUGCCGCACCCAUGACCGGCAACACUGGCGGCCACAAAACCACGGAUUAUGACGCGAAUGCGACGCACUUGAACAGCCCGCCCUCGCAGUCCAGCACCUUGAAGCUGGAGAGUGACCCAGCGGCGGGAGGUGGAGGGGUUGGAGCCAAUGCCCGGAGCGGGAACGCCCCACCACUCCUCUACGAUGCCAUGCCCACGCUGAGUCGCUACGAGCAGCUAGGGCUGAGCAUGGCCAGCUAUUCCGCCGGAGCGACAGGAACUGGGGGCAGUAGCAGCACCUUGAGCUCCGCCGGCAGCACGGUGAGCAAUGCAAUGGCCGGCAAUGGAGCCGCGGGGGCGGGUGGCUAUGCCGCUCACCUGCACCACACGCUGCCCCACAACAUGGCCCCCCAGCGUGGCCACGAUCCGCUCAACCUGGCCGACUACCUGACCACCAGCAGCCUCAUAGACUACGGCCUCAACAAACCGCCCGCUGCGCACAUGACGCUGCCCAAGGGCAUGGGUCUGGGCCUGGGGAUAGGCGUGGGUGUGGGUGUGGGAAUGGGUCCUGGAGCGAGCAUGGGCAUGGGCUCCGUGAUGGCCGCCGGCACCAGCCUGUCGCCCUCGCAACUCAACACCAUCACGCACAAGUCGGCGGCAGGACGUAACCACAUCAUCACGGACACUCUGCCCGGUCCGGAGAGCUGCGUCUAAGCACUGGGCCAUCGAGCUCAUCCUGGCAUUCCGGAAUCCUGGCAUCCAACCAAAAGACUGGCGCACAGCAGUAGCCCAAACACACAGCCGAAUCAAAGUGACAGCGAACUACUAACUAGUCAUGUGAAGCUGCGGUCAAAUUAGUGGUCGAGGGGAUACCAAAAAUGCUUUUAAAGUAUAUAAUUUAAACUUGAUUAGUAACUAAACUUUAGACAGUUUUAUAAACUAUCACUUUUUGAUCGAUUAAUAAGCCACUGCCUAUAAGACAUCAAAGGAAUAACUCAAGUUUUAAGAUCCUCUACAAAAGUCAAAUGACAUUUAAACAAAUUUGUUAGCUUGAUGGGAAUAGGUUAAUAAAACUUUUCACUUUUUUUUUAA